AUGAUGAUGGUGCUGCGCCGUGUGAUGUGUGUGUUGGCCGUUGUGCUUUGCUGUGUCUGCGGGUAUACCAUGGCGGCUGCUGCUUCUGGUUCUGCUGGACAACGAAAAGCGGAGAUGGCUUUUUUUACUGAUGUGUUUGCCACUGAGGCUCGAAUUGUGGGUUUCGUACCAGUUGGAGAUGAUAAACGUCAGUCCUCAAAUUUAGCCAAGCCAGGCGAAAAAAAUAUUGUGGCUCAACAUAAUAGUGGUCAAGGAAACGAUUCGUUGGGGCCUCAAGGACCUCCUGGCGGCUUUGGUUCUGAGAGUGUCGAAAGUUCUCGUUUGACGUCUGUGGAUAGUGGAGAGGAAGGGAGGGAGAAUCAGUUGAUUGAGAACGAAGUUGUGCUUCCUGGACCUGAGGCAAAAGAAAAGGAUGGUGUGAGGACCGGUGAGCCACUGGAUCAGACACAUCAAGAACAAAAUCAGCAACUUGGAGGGACUGGUGGAAAACUGGCAGGACAAAGUGAGCAGAGAACAGUUGAGUCACCACGUGGUCAGGAUGGUUUGUCUGAGUCAGCCGUCCAAAGUAAUGCUAUUUCUCAUGCAUCUGAUAGUGCUGCUUCUGAUAGUAAUCUUCCCGGUGUUGGUACUAAUUCUGGACAUUCUCCUGCUGCUGUUGUUUCUCCAGCACCUGCACCUGCCGAGAGGACUGAGGCUGCGUCUGCAGGGGACAAACAAGCUGCAAGCAGCGGCAGCAGUGCAACUAACGCGGACAGUGAAGCCAACCAAACCACUCCAGCUGCAAGUACAACAGAGAACAAUAACUCAGCAAACACGGACUCAAACAGUGUCAAUACACCCAAUAAUGAGGAAACGACCACCACCACCACCACAACAACAACAACAACACUUCCUCCUGAACUCACAAACAAUAAGAAGGGUGAUGCAGACAGCAGCAGCAGUAUCAGCAGUUCUGUGUGGGUGCGUGUACCACUACUGAUUGUGGUUACACUGUCCUGUAUUCUUGUAUGCUGA